AUGGAUCAUAGCGACCCCAGCUCAGAUUGUUCGCUGGCCGAACCCAUGGAGAUCGAAUAUCGUUACCUCGAGCUGGACACUCCGCUACCCACUCCAGCGAUUACGCUACCUCCUGGCCCCGGUCAGUCGGCGCCUCCUAAUGCUCCGAGCUUGGAAAAAUACAUUUCGCCGUUUUUGUGGCCGAAAUGGCGCAAGUCGAUGAUGACCUAUAUUGCCUGCGCGGUGACUGCGCUCGCUGGUUAUUCCGCUGGUGAGGUCAGUCCAGCAUCAGAGGAGUUGUGUAAAGAAUGGGGCGUGAGCAGCGUGGUGUAUAAUUUGAGCAUUACGAUUUUCUGCAUUGGAUUUGCUCUGGCACCUAUGGUUCUGGCUCCGUUCUCCGAGAUCAACGGACGCCGGCCGAUCUUCAUUGCCAGUGGUAUUCUCUUUGUCGCGACUUUGAUUGCAUGUGGAGGCACACAUUCAUUUGGCGGGCUAUUGGCUGCCCGAUUCUUCCAAGGCAUUGGUGCAUCGACGUUCUCCACCAUGGUUGGCGGAGUUAUUAGUGAUAUAUAUCACGCGCAAGACCGAAACACUCCCAUGGCCCUAUUUUCUGGCGCCGCACUCUUCGGAACCGGCCUAGCGCCUCUGAUCGCCGGCACAAUCGUGACACAUUCCACCUGGCGCUGGAUCUACUACUCGCACGCCAUUGUCUCGGCUUUCUUCGUCGUUAUCAUCUACUUCUUCUUCAAGGAGACCCGUGGAAGUGUCCUAUUGAGUCGCAAGGCCCACAAGCUGAACAAAUACUACGAGCAGCUCGAAGAAGCCGGUCAUGUCGGCGUGAUCCUGUCGAGUGAAGAGUCCAGUGACGAAAAGUCGACUCGCCGUAUUCGAUGGAAGGUGAAGAGCGACGAGCAACGAGAUUCUCUGGCAACAAUGAUCCGGAUCUCGGUGUAUCGACCUUUCCACAUGCUUUUCACUGAGCCCGUGGUCUUCUUUUUCUCGGUGUGGCUGGGCUACUCUAUACCUUCAAUUCGGAUCCGUGCCCUUGUCUUCAAGAAAAGCCACGGCUUCAACAUCGAGCAGACCGGCGCCGUAUUUGCUUCCAUGUGCGUUGGCGUCAUCUUGAUCACCUGCAUCAGCAUCUGGCAAGAGAAAAUUGCCGCCCACUUCGGCAAGCUCUCCUCCUCCGCCGAAGGGCGUCUCUAUUAUGUCUGCAUCGAGUCGAUCUUACUACCAGUCGGCCUGUUCUGGUUUGGUUGGACAUCUUACUCCUCCAUUCCCUGGAUUGUCCCAGCGAUCGCCGUCGGCUGUGCGACCAUGGGCAUUUUCUCUAUCUAUCUAGCCACUUUCAAUUACCUGGCAGACACAUACCACCGGUACGCUAGUUCGGCAAUUGCAGCCCAGUCUUGCUGCCGGAACUUGCUCGGUGGCGUCUUCCCGCUCGUGACGGCUGCUAUGUUUAAUAAUCUUGGUUUCCAGGGCGCUUCGAGUCUCUUGGGUGGCAUUGGCCUUCUACUCACUUUGGUCCCCUGGGUUCUUGCCUUCUACGGACCCAAGAUUCGGGCUAGAAGUAAGAUGGCGAGUAACAAAGCAUACGAAGCAAAUAAAGUUACUCUUGUGUUACCGCCGAACUAG